AUGAAAGUAACCUGAAAUGCUUUUCAUGGUGCUGUGAAGGGGUGACACCAUGUGGUUAUUAUCUGCUACUACAACAAGUGACCACAAAAUGUGUGCAAUCGGACACAAGAUUUUGUAUCUUUAUUUUCAGUUUUUUUCAUUUGGUCUGGCGAAGCACUCACGACUUUUGAAAACAGCUCUCUAAAGGCUCUUUCAACAGAAACGUCUGUCUGCCAUGAUCCAUGGUCAUAGGAUGAAGUGACUUCUGCAGUGCACUGAACACAUGCUAACCUACCUGUAAACUCAUUGCAUUCCCAAAUCAAUAUUUCUCUCCCUUGUGAAAAUUGAGUUUGGAGGUCCAGCUGGCAGGCAGGAUGUACAAGGGAUUAUCAGUAGCAGCAAGGCCAUGUAGAGGUUGGGUAUAACCCUGUUACAUCCUCCCUGCCUCUCUGCCUCUCAGCCUGCCUCCCCUCUCUGCUCUGGGCCCCAUUCUGCUUUAUUGGACCACAAUCAAUAUGGAGACCUGGUGAUGAAGUGCAUCAUUAGUCUGGGGCCUGGGCUACGGUCUUCAACUCACCAUCCUACCGCUAUGCCAAAGAGCAUUUCUCCUGCUUUAACUUGACGCUACUUAUACUCUCUGUUAAUAAGGAGGAUGUGGUUGAGAUCUCUUGUUAUGUUGUACCAUCAUUCAAAAAACAGUUUGGUGUACAAGAGGAGGAAAUGCAUAUUUAUGAGUUAUAGAUAUUUAUGGCCUGUGGUAUCUGUGAUAGAGAGUGAUACAUUUGAAAGAGGAUUUUUGGGGAGCAUUUCAAUCCUACAUUUAGGCAGAGGUGGAAUCUCUGGAUGUUGUUUCUGUGGCUGUGUGUUGUAGUCAGUAAACUGUAGUCAGGUUGUCACUGAAUCGUAACUGGAUGUUAGCCAGGAAGCACAGUCACAUACUGUAGUACUCCAUCCCUUCUGAUAACAUUCCCCCUGCUGAUUGAUUGAAUUAAAGCUCACUCAGGGCUCAUUUAAGUGAACUGGUUAUCUGAGGGGGAGAUCUGUAACAGACACAGUACUAAAGACUGAAGGUUGUGGGGGGCUGAGUGCAUUUAUAGAACAGCGAUGGUUCCAUGACCACACUUGUGUGAUGAGUAUCCUCGUCUGAGACCUGAAGAGUUGCAUUGCAUGCAGGUAUACAUGCGUGCGAUCUGUCCCUGUCGGUGACACUUAAGAAUUGUCCCAGUGUUUUUGUCAGUAUGAUAUCAUUUAGCAUAUUUUCAUUUGAGAAGAAAGCAAGUUGAGAUCAUUGAUUCCAUGCACCGGUUGUUCUUUUGAGUUAUACGUGGUCAAUGUUAAAUAAUACAUAUAAUCCUCCAGGUCUGUGGCGCGAACAUAUCUUGUAGCUGCGACAGUCCUACAAAUACAGGAAAUGACGUCAUUCGUAUUCACUAUUCUUAGUUAACAUGUCUCAAAUAAAAGAAUCCCUGUCUAGUUUCAGGUCCAUACCACAAAUGCACAAGGUAGAAAGAGUCAACCAACAAGUGUUUCAACAAGCCUUGAACACAAUGAUCAUGUUCAUCCUCAUCCUGUGUGCCUUGUCAAGAGAGGCCAUGGUCCAAACCACAGCCAAGAAGAUUGUUCCAGCAAAGAUCUAUUGGACUACUACAGGAACAAUAAUGGAGGGAAGUGACCUUGUGGUGAAAUGUAGUACACAUGGGCGCAAGGAAGACAAAGUGGCAUAUGUUUACUUGUGCAUUAACGGGGUUGCAGUGGAACAGAAGAAAACUAUGCAAGAAGACACCUUUUUCACCAUGAAAAGUGUUACUGGCCAACAGACUGGCAAUUACAGCUGUGUGUUCUCUAAAACCCCGUAUCCACUCUCUGAAGUGCAGGGAAAAGGAGAUAAUUAUCUUUUCAUCCAGGUGAUGGACCGUAUACUCCCUGCAGACAUAUCACUUGCAGGCUCAAGAACUGUGAGAAAGGGAGAUGGUGUGGAGUUUAAGUGUACAAUUUCAGACCCAAGUUUUCAAACACAAAAUACCAGUGACUUAGUUCACGCUUACCUCUGCAAGUAUGGCUCUGUUGUUCAGAUGCAGGUGUUUGAUGUAAAGAGCACGGAGGCAACUUUUACGAUUAAAAGUUUUAAUGAGAAUGACGCAGGUAACUACAGUUGUGUGCUUGAUCUUCAAUCCAAAACCCUCAAAGAUAAAGACAGAACAUUCUAUGGAAAUAAUGCAGUAUUUCUACAGGUUAAUGUGUCCUGGAGUCACUUCAUCACACCGGUUGUGUUUUGCGUCUGUUUUCUUCUGAUCUUAUCACUGAUAGUGGGCACAUGGUGGCUGUUCAUUAAACAAGGAGCUUUACAAUGUUAUUGUGGAAGAACACCACGACAGGAGGAGAACGAUGUGCCAAUGACAGGGGAGGGUGACGACGGAACUUUAAACAUGGAGGGAGAAUCCAGUGAUGAAUUUGCCUGUGACAGUGAGGCCAGUGGGGAGGAGUACCAGGAUUUGUGUGAUGAGGUGGAGACAUACCAUGAGAUGGAGGAUGCCACGUACCAUGAAAUUCCGGUGAGCUGGUGAAACACGGAAUAUUAAACACGUUAUAGUGCGUGUUCAAGGUGAGUUCAAUAUUUUGAAAUAGUAAUAAUAGUAAGUUAUGUGUAUUUUUGGGAUUUCCAUACGUCAGGCAGAACGAGUCAGGUUUUGUUUCACGGUAUCUAUCAGAACAUGGAAAAUAUCUUGUCUCACUUUCUAUGUCAAUGGUGUCAUUUCUGAUGGUUAGUAGUAGUUUGCAUAAACGCAUUCAGUCACAUUUUUUAUUUAAUUUUUAUUGCACAUAAAACAAACCAAGAUAAGAAUGGUUUACAUCAUGAUCUGGGUAUAUUCCUCUGUGCAGAGAAUGCAGACUUGAGACCUUCUCCUCAGAGCUCCGGUGUAUCAUGUGGUGAACACUCUCCAAUUUAGCAUUGCUUCUGUGAUAAACCUAUUUAAUCAUUGUCUUAAUGUCAUUGUCCCACCUCAUCUUGGAUGCUAUAAUAUCCUGAAAACUGAAACAUUUCUGAUAUAAGAAUGAACACACAGCUGUCAUCUAAUGUGAUGAAGGAUUUGUCGGACCAGAUAUAAUAUGUUGGGGACUUUUCAUCCGCAGAUGCAGCAAAUCAAGGCCCAGAUGCAGAAGAUGUGUAUGCCAAGUCAUGCAAGAAGACAGGACGUCAUCUAUACAUGCCUUAAUCAUUAUUAGAUAUGCAUUAUUUCAAAGCAGUACUGCAUGUGUACUUCAUGGUUACAGUAUCUAUAAUGAGAUAUUUUAUGUAUUGUGCAUUCAGUGCGUGUCUUGCGUUGGACUACUCCCUGCAUGUUCAAGUUGACGA